GUCCCGAACAAAUGUCGGCAUUUGGAACGUUCCCCAGGAAUUUCAGAUGACCGUUAAGCUCUUCUGUACAUGAACAUGGAGAGGGUUUCAGGGCUGUGACUGGCAUCCCUGUGACUGAUGGGGUGGGAGAGGUAGUUUACCCCUCCUCACAGUAAACCAAGUCUUGCUGGGUCUUUCUGUUUGCACAGAAGAAGAGAGCAGAUCAGAGCAGCAUCUGGGCAGACAACAGCAAGAAUCACACCUCUGCCAGCAGGUGAAAAUGGCCGCUGUCAUCCCCUCUGCCAGUCUGCCGCACUGGCAAGUGGCAUUGGAGUCAGCAGGACAGACCGGUGGCCCAGCAUCUGGUUCCAAGACAGAACUUGGCGCAGAUUCGCAUCCCUUGGGAAGGCAAACAAGCAAAGCCAACAGUAGCCAUGUGAAAUCCCGCACAUUGCCCACCAUGCCGAAGCUUUUUAUCCCUUCGUCUGUCUCCAAAUUCCCCCCCGAGAUCACCGUCACUCCGCCAACGCCCACCCUUCUGUCCCCAAAGGGCAGCAUCUCAGAAGAGACCAAGCAGAAGCUCAAGUCUGCGAUUCUCUCGGCCCAGUCUGCAGCCAAUGUGAAGAAAGAAAGCCUCUGCCAGCCUGCACUGGAGAUUGUGGAAACCUCGAGCCAAGAGUCUUCUCUGGAGAGCGACUCAGAGGAGGAGGAGGAGGAAGAGGAGGAGGAGGAGGAGGAGGAGGAGAAUGACUGCAUGGACAUCUGAAGCCGGCUGGGGCCAUUCCUGGGCCUUCACACAGGAGCGUGAUGGACAGAGAGGCCCUGCCUGCCUGCUCCCUGCCCUACGAGCCCAGUGCCGCCUUGCUUGCCUCUGCCGCCUCCUUUGCGACUUCUGUCCCCAGGGCUAGGCACUCCCCACUUCUGGUGGCCAGCAAACCCCCCUGUGCUCACAGCCCUUGGCAUGCUCCUUGCACCCCCUGCCCAGUUCUUGCUUGGGGGACGAAAGCUUCAGCGGCCAGCUGAGCGGGGCCCAGACGUUGCUCGGCCACUUCCACCCUGCGCCCCCCAUCCUACUUCUCAGUGUUGUCUGAGCAGAGUCCAGUGGCAGAGGCUCUGCCUUUUCCGGCCCCGCUUGCAUGAAGAUGCAUCAGGUGGAAGUUGGAGCAUAAUGUACUGAGAAAAGUAAUGGUUUUCAGUACCAUUUUGAUAAUGUCUGUUUUUUUACAGAAUGACACAAAAAGUGUAUGCGUUGUUUUUUAAGUAGCUGUGAGCAGAUUGGUCACAUUUAUAUGGGAGAUAAUAAAGGAGACCAAGCCUUUUUCUACUGAAUGUCAAAAUUUGUAGCAUAAUUAAUGCAAAUCCUGCACAGAAACCAAGGUGUGUACCACUUGAGCCUACAUGGAGUUUAUCAGGCUGGGUUUCAGUCUCUUGGGGGGGAAUGGUUAUAUACUGUAAAGGGUGUAACACAGAGCUUUGUAUAAAUACACAUUUUUCUAAUAAAGUCAAAGCAUGUCUCCCCUGA